UUCCCUCCUCCACCACCACACGCGCACCCACCACCAUCACCGCACCACCCUGUGCUUCCACCACCAUACCCAGUUCCAACACCACCCUCUCCAGAUAACCACCACCCAACUAUCAUAGUGAUUGUGUUUGUAUCCUUUGGAGGCCUUUUGUUCCUUUCAGUGCUGGCUUUUGCUCUGUUUUGCCUGAUCAAGAAGAUGAAGAAGAAGAAACAAGAAACUGAUAUCAUCCAUUUUGAUGAGCACAGGCAUGUCACUGAAGCCAUUGUGCCUGGCCCUUGUGGUGAGCAAGUGGUGGUGCUAUCAGUUGACGAUGAUGUCCACAUUGACGAAGAAAUCAUCAAGAAUGAGGAAUUUG